CAAAGAGCCCCGGAACCAAUUACAAGUAUCCAACUCAGCCUCUUAUCCAACCCUCCUCUCCCUCUUCACUCCAACCACCAAUCCGUCGUUCGCAGAAUCUAAAAACCUUUUCCCCUCACACCCUUCUGCAAAGGGGAAGAACAACAUCAAUUGUAUAAUCUAGAUCGAUUUGAAGAAGAAACACCAAACCCCCCCCCCCCCCAAAAAAGAAAAAAGAAAAAAAGAAGAGAAAAAUGUCUCUCACUAUUCCCACAAAUCUCUCCAAACCUGCCAUUUUGAAGCCAAAGCUGAGCUCUCCAUUGACCCCAAAAUCAAGGCCUACGAUACUCUGCAGCGCAGCCUCUCAAAACACCAACCCAGAGAAAAAUUCAAGUGGUUCGCCACUGCAGGCCUUCUCCGCUGCACUGGCGCUCUCCUCCAUCCUUGUCUCGGCCCCACUUCCCGCCAUGGCCGACAUCGCGGGGCUAACCCCAUGCAAGGAGUCGAAGCAGUUCGCGAAGCGUGAGAAGCAACAGAUAAAGAAGCUGGAGUCGUCGCUGAAGCUGUACGCGCCUGACAGUGCGCCAGCGCUGGCUAUCCAAGCCACCAUAGAGAAGACGAAGCGCCGUUUCGACAACUACGGAAAGGGGGGUUUGCUGUGUGGGUCGGACGGGCUUCCUCAUUUGAUCGUGAGCGGUGACCAGAGGCACUGGGGUGAGUUUAUAACUCCCGGGCUUCUGUUCCUGUACAUCGCGGGGUGGAUUGGGUGGGUAGGCCGGAGCUACCUGAUUGCGAUAAGGGAUGAUAAGAAGCCGACGCAGAAGGAGAUCAUCAUUGAUGUGCCGUUGGCAUCAAGGUUGGCCUUCAGAGGCUUUAGUUGGCCUGUGGCUGCCUACAGAGAAUUGGUGAACGGUGAUCUUAUUGCCAAGGACGUCUGAUAUUGCAUUUAUCAAUUUCUCAGCAGUGGCAUGGGCCGGAUGAAAAGACAUAGGAGGAGGGAGGAGGGAAUUUGUUAGAGAGAGGAGUGGUGGAAAUAUUUCUUGUAUUAAAAUUGUGUAAGUUUAUUUCAUUAUAUGGAAUGCUAGCUUGUGUACUUUGACACUCGAA